CCGAGUCGCGGCUGACUUCAAAUCUCCAAUCCUCCGCUGCAUACUUGCGGCAAACCAAAGUACACGAGUUUACUAACCCAACAUUCCAUUCUUUCCAACCCGGUCUGUGCGCACCACAACGCGAUCCCUGAGGACUUCAUCUUCAAAUGGCGCAUCGUUCCUGUCUCGUUGAACUCAACCGUCAGGCGUCGACGGCAAAAUGGCUUCAAUUGUCCUUCUUUUCGUUGCGAGCUUGUUUCAUCUUACAUGUGCAUAUGUUGACUUCGGCCCGGCUACCCUUCCCUGUGAUCUACUCACCAUCCCCACACCUCGACCGAACCAGCUGCCCCAAGACGGUCUCCGCUAUGAAAUCCUUCCUUCUAUGAUUACGGCGGUGGCGCCUUCAAUUUCCUUCGCAGCAAAUGGAACGAGGCAAACACUGUACAGCCUUCACUACCAUCACCACUUUAGCAAGACACGUCAAGGAAAGGGAUUAUUCAAACGAGGCGUGUUUUCAGGUGAUCCACCGACUUCGACAUGCACACCUUGUGGGAGAAAUGCAACCACGACCAGGUCGACUCCGACGAGCUCAACAUUGUCGUGUUCCACGCCGACUUACGAUGGCGUCUUUCGUUCACCGGAUCCUGCCUUGGCUUCUUCCACAUCGUACUGCUAUGAUUCGAGCUAUUCUGGAGUAUUUGAACCUACCAGCACAUCGACAAGUACUAUUCCUUGUUGUUUCACCAUUCCAGCAUCAUGCUUGAAUCGGAACAGCACCAGUACCACUUCAACGACAUUCAGCAGCGGCGUUUUCCGACCGACUGUCACCAGUACCAGUACGACUUCGAGAUACAGCACGAGCACUCCCACAAGUACCUCAACGUCGAGCUCGAGUGUAUUGUCCAGCUUUUACGGGUCGCAGUCUUCCAGUUCAACGUCCGGUUAUACAAUUAUUGUGGUAUCAAGCACAACAAUCACUUUAACAGCCUCAAGCACAACGACUGGACGCGGAACACAAUCCACGCUCAUGGUCAUCACGGCAACGCCUUCGACCACAUCAUCCGCUUCGUACAGCACAAUAGUCGUCUCAAAUACUAUCGAGGGUUGUGGUACAGCAGAAGGAAGUGGAAUUGUUGAAGGAACAGGCACAAUAUACAUGGACGGCCUAUCGAUCGUCAGUUCCGGCAUUGCGAGCGGUUAUGCUUCGAGCGUUGUAGGCUGUGGAACAAUCACCGCAACAUCCGGUACAUUCACUGGUUCGGCUACCAUAAUCGGCUGUGGGUCGGGAUCCGGAACCGGCACACUCACCGGCACUGGCACUGUCUGGCCAGCCGCUGGUUAUGGUAUGAUAUCGUCAAUCGUGUCAUCCGGCAUCGUAUCAGGAAGUGGAAGCUUUUCGGGAUGUGGAACAUUGACUGGCUCAGGCACAUUCGUCGCCACAGGCGGAUCAACCACGACGAUUGUGGUCCCGUCAUCGACACCCUCGAAAACGGUCUCGGUGUUCGUCUCGUACUGUCCGACAGCGAUGAACGACAUUGCCUUGUUCAUAGCCAACACUAGCACUUCGCCUGCUAGCAUGAACAGUAACUCAAACUACACGGUGCCCGCACAUCCGGAAAAUGACAAUCCAUUGUGCAAUCAAUGUCAGAACAGCGCGGGAAUAUGUUGUCCUCCAACCGUAGAAUGUGGUGAGCAGGACGGCAAGUGUCCUACAUAUGCGCUUGAGAACUCGGGCAACACCAUCAACGGGUACCUGAUCGCGCAAGUGAUGAACAGUACGGCGGACGUUGCUGGAAAGAAGAAGGUGCGCAAAAGGGUCAGAUCGACAGCGGACGAAAACGCGCAGGAUAGAGCCAGGAGGAGGGAUUUGGAUGUCCAUGUGGCUCAUCGGAGGAAGCAUAGAAGGCAAUUUUAGUCAGAAGGUGAUAUUUGUGUCGUUGAAUUAGAUGUUGGUCAUAUCGUCGUCAUGGUCG